AUGGUGCAAGCCGACCAUGAUGACUACACUAUUGAGGGUCAAAACUUUGGGAUUCGUUCCAACGGCGAGUUUAAUGAAUCUGUUGACAAGAACGAGGACCUUUAUGGCAAUAACUCUUUCACUAUGAGUAGAGUUCAAUCAAAGAAAGACGUUGAGAAAAGUAUGUUUAGACGACGGAUGGAGAGAAACGAAGAAUCAGAAGAGACUCAUCAGAUAACUUAUUCGGAAUUUCUGAAAAAAAUUACAUGGAACAGCGAUAGAAGUCUAUGGUCAAAAGUGGAAAGUUUUGAAGAGAUUCAAAGUGCUGGGGACACAAAAUAUGAUGAUUACAAAUCAGUAUCCUAUGAUAGAGGUCUCCUAGAUUCAGACUCCGAGUGGCAUGACGUGAUGGAUGAAGCAACUCAAUGGUCUACACCUUAUCAACUACGAAGAAACUUAUGA